AUGCUCACUAAAACGAUAAUAUUUUUUGCGUUUUUCAAAACCGCAUAUAAUCAACUUUAUGGUGAGUUACAUGUACAUUUGUUUACAACUUUUCGAAAAAAAUAUUUCAGAUCAAACGUGGAUAGAUUUUCUGAAUGUUCAGAAAAAUCUAACCACCGAUUUAUUCAAAAAUUAUGAUCCAACUGUAUCGCCAGUUUUUACACGAAAUAAUUUAAAAGAAAAUUUGACUUUUGAUAACACCAAUUAUACCACAAAAUGGAACUAUACCAUCGAACUGUUUUAUUUGCAGUUAGUUGAAAUUGAUGAACCUUCGGAAAAGGUUACUGUGGUUAUUGAAAUUAUGGAGGUACGUUUUCAACAAUUUCCUGAAUUUUUUUUUUUUGACAUGUUUGAAUGUAUGACAGUAUUUUUCUAUCCGAACGUGAAGAAUGAAAUAAGAAACUGAUGAAAAUAAUUUUGAGAAAUAAACAAAUUUCAAUGAUCUAUGAUCAGAAUCAAAAAAAAAAUGUCAAAUUUCAGAACUGGUAUGAUCCACGCCUUGUUUGGGCCGCAGAACAUUACAGCAAUAUAACAAACAUUUAUGUGAGACAAGAAAAAAUUUGGAGUCCAUCAUUGUCACCAUAUGGAAUGUGAGCUUCCCAUCUUUCAAAAUAUUCUCUAUCAAAAAAUUAUUCAGAAACGAUGUUGUUGAUUUUCGAGAUCAAGAUUUUCGCCAAGCCGCAAUUGAUAACACAGGUUUUGUUUUUGUUUUUGAGGUAGUUAGAGUUUCGGUAACUUGUGAUUUGGAUAUGAGAAAAUUCCCAUUUGAUCAGCAGCGAUGUUUGAUUCAAUUCGGACUACCAAUGUAUUAUAUCAAUGAAGUUUCGGUGAAUUUUGAAAUCUAUGAGGAUAUUAUGAAACCUGAAAAAAUUGCGCAAAUGGUAUUUCUCUGAUGAGAACAGAAAUUUGAGAAUGUUUUUUUUUAUCUAGGGAAAUUCCGAAUGGAGAAUUAUUAAUCUGACAAAUAAACAUUGCAUCAAUGGAUAUGAUGAUAAUAUGAGUGGUUUGGAAUUGAAUGGAUUUUUUAUCACAAUGAAAAGAAAUCCAAUGUAUUAUUUUUAUAUGAUUAUUUUGCCAGCUUUUGUCAUAAAUACUGUUUCAUUAUUCGGUGUUUUUAUGAAAGCAUCGGAUAAAAUGUCAAGGGUUAGACUCUGUUCAAAUCUUCAUGUCUAAAUGUUUCGAGUUCUAUUUUCAGCUCAAUGUUGGGCUUACAACACUAAUGACUAUGACCUUUAUUCUUGGAGUAAUUGCUGAUGAUGUUCCAAAAACUGGAGUUAUCCCACUUCUAGGAAUCUAUAUUAUCAUCCAUCUUGUAAUUAUGAUUUUAUCAAUUGGAGUUGUAAUGACAAUCGGUAAAUUCCGAGUUUUAAUGAGAGCUCAAGUUUCGGAUGAUAAAAAGUUAGUUUUUCAUCAUUUUUCAAGACUUGGAUUUUUAAUAAUCUCUAAUUUAAGACUUCAAUUGCUCCUUGGGAAUCCUCUGGAAAAUUCAAUUUUCUUAAUCCUUCAAACUUUGAAUAUUGCAAAUUUCUCCAUGAUGGUUAUUUUCUGGAUUAUUGGGUGAUGAAUUUUUUUUUCAAAAUCUUAUAUGGAACAUUUCUUUACUUGUUCAAAAACUUCAAAAUGUGUAGUUUGUUGUAUGUAAUUCGAACUUUUCUAUGACAAAAAUGUCAAAAUUUUCAACAGAAAUUUUUGUUGUUGUUGAAAAAAUGUUUGAGUUUUUGAUUCUAAUUAUAUUCAUAAAUUCAACGGGAAAUCAACUAUAUGGUGAGAAGAACAAAUUAUAUACAUAUUUCAUAUUUAAAGAAAAAUUAAGAUUCAACUUGGACGAAUUAUCUGAACUUGCAAAAAAAUUUGACAGACAGUUUAUUUAAAAACUAUGAUUUUUUCGUUUCUCCAGUUUUUACAAGAAAAAAAGAAACUGAAAAUGUCACAUUUGACAACUGGAAUUAUACACAAAAAUGGAAUUAUACCCUGGAAGUGUUUUAUUUGCAAUUAGUCGAAGUUGAUGAACCUUCCGAAAAAGGUUACUGUAGUAAUUGAUGUAAUGGAGGUAUAGUUUUACUUGAAAUAACAAGAAUAAAUAAUCAAUUUUAUAGUAUUGGUAUGACCCGCGUUUAUAUUGGGAUCCUGCUAAAUACAAAAACUUGACAAGUUUAUAUGUGAGACAAGAUAAAAUUUGGAGUCCAUCCUUAUCACCUUAUGGAAUGUAAGUUCUUUUGAUUUUUAUUUUCACCUUCUCUUAUCCCAAAAAAUGCUUCAGCAAUGAUGUUGUUGAUUUUCGAGAUCAGGAAUUGCGCCAAGCAUCAAUUGGAUAUACAGGAUUCAUUUUUGUUUAUAGUCUUGUUAGAAUUGCAGUAAAAUGUACUUUGGAUAUGAAAAAAUUCCCAUUUGAUCAACAAACUUGUUUAAUUCAAUUUGGACUUCCGAUGUAUUAUGUGAACGAAGUAUCAAUCAAUUUCAUGUUUUUUGAAGAACUUUUAAAACCAUCAAAAAUUGAGCAAAUGGUAAGCUAUAAUGAUUUCAGUUGAAAAUUCUUCAAAUAAUUCAGGGAAAUUCUGAAUGGAAAGUUGUGAAUCUAUCGACAAAACGAAGCAUUCAAGAUUAUGAAGAUGCUGUAAGUGGUUUGGAAUUGAAUGGAUUUUUUAUCAAAUUGAAACGGAACCCAAUGUACUAUUUUUAUAUGAUUAUUUUGCCAGCAUUCGUUAUAAACGCUGUUUCCUUAUUUGGUGUUUUCAUGAAAAAAUCCGAUAAAAUGUCAAGGGUGAGAACAUUCCUAAACUGUUCGAAUCUUUAUGUCUAAAUGUUUCCCAUUUUAAGCUCAACGUUGGGCUCACAACAUUAAUGACAAUGACCUUUAUUCUUGGAGUAAUUGCUAAUGAUGUUCCAAAAACUGGAGUUAUCCCACUUCUAGGAAUCUAUAUUAUUAUCCAUCUUGUAAUUAUGAUUUUAUCAAUUGGAGUUGUGAUGUCAAUUGGAAAAUUUCGAGUUCUAAUAAGAGCUCAAGUGUCGAAUCAUAAAAAGUAGGUGAUUUUCCAAAAGUGAUUUUUCUUUGUUGUUUACCACAAAUCAAUAUUCUCAGACUGCAAAUGUUCCUUGGAGAUCCAUUGGAAAACACAAUAAUUAUAUCUCUUCACGUGUUAAAUGUUGCUAAUUUUUCAAUGAUGAUUGUGUUUUGGAUGACUGGAUGA